GAGGUUAAAUUUUCAUCAAAAAUUCAUACUGACUACAAUAAAUUGAUGUUCAUUGAGAUUUAUUUGACAUAUCUGUAGUGUAUGGAUAUGUCAAUAUUUUUAGUGAAUAUCGAUAUUAUUUUCAUUGAAAUUGUACAUUUCUAUCUUUAAGUCUUUUGUCUAUUUUAGGUGGUUAUUUUCCAACUCCAUAUACUCAUCAACCAGAACUUGUUAUGAGUGACCGUCGUCGUAGUCGUGAUCAAUAUCUUUAUAUACCAAAAUAUGCACUUAAUAAUACAAAUGUUGAUCGAACAAAUGAAAUACGAAAAUUUUAUCAACUUUCUCAAGAACAUCGAGAUACAUAUAUAGAUCGUAGUGGUACAUUACAUCCUGUUGAACAUUUUAUUUUACCUGUACCAAAUGAAAAAAUGUAUGAAGCAAAUUUACCAUAUUCGUCAAUGUUGCUUCGUCAUACAUCUGAUAUUAAUAUACCUGUUGAUCGAAAUUUUCCACCAGUUAAACAGGUAGCUAAACAAUCAGAAUUUCAAUUGUUUCCUUCAACAGGAUCAAAUUCAAGUAAUAAUGUCUCACAACAACAAAAUGUUAUAAAUGCAUCAUCAACUGUCGAUUAUCUUUGUUGA